GAUAAAGAAGUUGACAAAUUUUAAGAAAUUUUUCAUUGUUGGAUAACCUCUAAGAAUUGUAAUUAUAUUAAACUCGACAUAAAUUGUUGCAACUUCAAAUAUUCCAAUUUUUGCAUAGACUUUAAAUAAUGUAUUACGAUGAUGUAGAUCUGGAAGAUAUAGAAUGUAGACUGUACAGUCAAGUUUACCACUCUAGUACCGAAAAUGAAGAGAAUAUACCUUCUGAAUCAAUUAUAACUUGCACUGCUCAUGGUGGCGAAACACGUAAUAAUAACCGCUAUUUUUCUAAGUCAGUGUUUAUUCCGUUUGAAGAAGAAAGCAGAAAUAAUUAUGACAAAACUUGUUCUUCGGUUCACAACAGCAUAUCAGUUAACCGUAAUUCUACUGAUAUAACCACUCAAGGAAAUUUGAGCAGGCAGUUCCAAAACAAUAUUACUGUUAAUCAGUAUACCGUACCAUUACUUAUAAAUCCUGAGCUAAAUGAGACGUUAACCCCUGGAACAUUUUUUAUUCCUUGGACUGUAAAGAAUAAAAAAUACUUGGAUAGAAAGAAUAGGAGAAAGCAAAGGAGGUCAGGAAUUAGAAGACGAAAAAAUAGGGAGAAGAGGAAUGAGAAUAUACACAGCAAAGCCAGAAUCGCUCAAAGAACUGAAGCGACCCAUAUCGUAUACAUUUCUGAUGAUUCUGACGGUGAAUGUGUAGUUGCCAACGAAAUGUGUAAAAAAACUAAUAAUUUUGUAGAGAAAUCGAAGGAUUCUAAUAUGUUAGAAAAUCUAGGAUCUGAAUCUGACGACGAUAUUAUUUACGUUCCGCCACCUCCAACGGAGGUUAUAAACGUAGAUGUCGAUAAUGAAGAAGAAAUUAUUCCUGAAGUUUCUAAAGCUAUUGGGUCUACUACCAUACACGAUUCGUUAACAGAUCCGAUAGACUCGUUGAAUAAUUCAAAUUGCCAGUCAGGUGGUCAAAUUGAGGUAAUAAAUAUUCCAGAAUCCUGCACGUGCAAUGAUUUCUUAGACGCUUCAAGUGUUGAAACUGGUAUAAACAAAUUUAACUUCAGUUUGCACGGUUCUGAUUUCACUAGCACGGGUGAUUUCGUUCGACCGGCAAAUCCGGUAGAUUAUUGCGAAACGGAAAGCAGCUGCAGUACCAACGAUUUCAACAAAGAAAAUAGUUCCGUGAAGACGAUAGUGUUUAAUGAAGUUGAUUUUCCUAAGGAGGAUAUAUUUUCGGACAAAAACUUGGAGGGUUUUAGUACUUACAUAACCCCUAAAAGAAGUGCUUUGAAAAAGUCGAAAGUAUCGUCAAAAUCACCAAGACUUGUUAUCGAUAAUAACGCUUCGUCAUCGAGCAGCUCUGAAAGUGAUUAUGAAUCUUCCGGUGUUAUAAUUAACAGUGCAAGGGUAGGAGACGAAGAGUGUAGUAAAAAGUUACCUACGUUGUCGCCCAUGCAGUGUGGAAUCGUGGGUACUACGAAUCUAAAAUUAAGUAAAAGAAAACCGAUAAAGAAUGCCUAUGAUGAUGCCAAAAAAGAUUCUGGUAAAAGAAAAUCUAACGUAUCUGAAACUGUGGAAUCAGUUAGCGAUAAUGGUGAAGAACCAGACUUAACAAUGAAAUUAGCAAAGAGAAAGAAGAAAGCGUCCGCCAAAAAAAGGAAUUCUAUGGGGCAGUUGGAUAAAAAUAUCGAUAUAGAGGUGGAUAGUGCAAAUUCUGAAAUUAAUAGUGAUGUUAGUGGUGAUAAAAAUUCGAAUAGUGAAGAAAUUGUAGAUUCAAACGUUUUUGGGAAGCCAGGAAAGAAAAGAAGUAAAAAUUCAGCGGAAAAAGUCCCUGAUAAAGAAAAGUCCAUGAAAGAAAAGAGCAAUGCCUCUAAUCGUACAAUUGGUACAAAUAGAGACAGUUUCGAAUUAAUUAAUGAAGACGCAAGUGCAUCCCGUAAGAAAAAAAAGAAAAGUUGCAAUAAAGAUGAAAUAGACACUGGCCCAACGGUUAGUUUAGGUGAAAUUACUCUAGAAAGCAUAAAAAGGAAAAAGAAGAAAAGCUUGUCUUCCGAGAAUCCUGUAAACGAUACAAGUAUGAGCGAAUUAAAUAGAUCGUGUGUAGAAGUUUCUGAUAUAGAUAACACAAACAUAGAAAGUGAACCUUCUAAUAAAAAAAAUAGUUUCGCUGCAGAUAAUAAUAAAAACGCUGCCAGUCCUUCGGGUGUAGUGUCCGAGCACUCGCAAGUAAAAGAAAAACAGGUUCUUUCUAAAAAACAAACCGAUUCUGACGAAACAAUGACAAAACACGAAACUCAAAAUAUUCGAGUAGGUUCUCUAGAAACACGCACCACCACUUCCUUAAUUUCGGCGUCGGUAUCAAUUGCAGAAGGGAACGAAAGUGAUGAAGAAAUUAUAGUUGUUGACGAGGUGAUUUCUCACAAACCCGUUGCAGUCGCGGAAGCUUGUAUCGAAAUUGUGGAGUCGUCCGAUUCGGAAUACGAUUUCACAGAAUUGGAAAACGUAGGGCAAGAUUUGCAACUGGCUAACUGUUCGGUUAAUCGCGGCGAACACUGCGAUAAAAAUCGCCCCACCAGCCGUUACUUUAAGAAUAACAAUAUUUGUGAGGAUUACAGCAAAUUCGACGUCGCCCAGGUUCAAAGCACUCAAUCAGACGAUCCAGAGGCUUGGAAGAUUUCACCCAGCGACCAGCUAAUGUUCUUGAAUCCGAGCGGCAGUAAGGGACCGCGUUGCAACAGGUGCAGGCAAUUCGGGCACGUAGCGGUGAGGUGUACCGAGAAGCCCGACCCUCCCAGUUGUACCCUCUGUGGCUUUUCAGACCACCAAGAACCGAGAUGUCCCAAUAAACGGUGUACUCAAUGCGGCAACGAAGGGGACUAUUCCACGACGUACUGUUGGAAGUGCAUCAGGUUUAGAAACCUGUUUUGCCGAAUCUGCAGCAUGAAAGGUCACAUAGCUAAGAUUUGUCCGGAUUUGUGGAGGCGAUAUCACUUAACGACUCAAGAGGGGCCGAUAGUGGUUUCACAAGAACCGCAGUUAAAGCCCAAGGAUCAGUUGUGGUGCUCGGGUUGCGCCAAGCAAGGCCACCUCGAACACGAGUGCAACUAUUACAACAGGGAAUACCCCCCGAGUAACCCACGUAUUAUCAGUUAUGAGGAUGUUUUACACCAAGCAGGUAGAAAUCGGCUGCGGAAUACCACACCUUCACCGCCUCCCCAGCCAAUAUUGAAUAUUCAGGAGCAACACCACUUUUACAGAAACGUGCCCGCUUUCUCCGGUGUUCCCUCUACCUCGCACACUAUUCCUUACAGCACCCCAGUUUUUAUUCCUCCGUUAAUGCACCAAAUUCCGUAUUUAAACUCGAUUUUUCCGGUUCCCGCACCGAUAGGUCAAAUUCAAACCGUAGUACCAGCGGGCGAUAUAAAUUGUAAUCCCAGUUCGACGAAAGUUCUAAAUCCAUUCUCGGUCCUGGUCAGACAAGACAGGGACUCUCCCAAAAAUGUGGUCCUAGACCAAAUGAUGUCGGCUUACAUGAAUAAUGGCACCAAUAUAAACUUCGUCGGUUCUUACGAAAGCGAGAGCGGCAGAGUUAUUCACCCGCACAUGAUAAAACACGGCGCCGACGAGUUGCUGAGAAACGACCAAAGAAGAGUUCGGCAGAUUAUAAUGUCGACGCCUCCUCACGUAGUGAAACAGUUUUUAAGCAAAGAAUUAGAUCAACUUGAGAAUGUGGUGGGUAAAAGCGACCCUAAAUAUCUGAGAAAGAAGCUGUUUAAGUACGAUAGGUUAUCGCAGAGUAAGAAGGUUUUGGACUGCGGAGUCGUCAAGGAAAAGUGUUUCUGGUACCGUAUAUUGAACAUGUACAUUUUCGGGGUACAUCAGCUUAAGGAUGGCAAAGCGCACAUUGGUUUUAUAAGGAAAUAUCUCUCGGAGCCGAAGCAGAAUAAGUUAGAUUGUCACAGACGCAAGUCCCUUUUAAACGCCUAUAAUUACGUUUUUGACGCCAACCGCCACCUUAACGUAAACUACUACAGGAUUAUUCAACAGCUAAUCGACAAGUACAAUGCGGAAAAUUAAGAAUAGCGAAUAGCUAAGUUUUUGUAUUCCUUAAUAACAUAUUUUGUGUAAUUUUAAAGUAGGAUGGUCUCUUUGGUGUCCAAACUUAAUUCUUUAAUUGUUAAAUUUUUGAAGAUAUAUUACUUAUAAUUUCUUUCAGUAAAAGGUAUUAAUAUA